AUGGAUGCAACUACAAAGUUUUCUAGUAAUGUGACAUUGAUAAACGUUACAGAACAGGAAUCGUUCAACGCGACGUCAUCAAACGUUUCCGGAUGGGAGCCUUACUCUAUAGACAGUUACUAUAGAGACACACGUGUGCUUCUCUGGAGGGUGAUUCCGCCGAUUCUUGUUUCCAUUGGAACGAUCGGAAACGCUCUGACUAUUAUCGUGCUUCUUCGUCAGAAGAAGAUGACGUCAACGGCGGUGUUCCUGUUUUCUCUGGCGCUUUCAGAUACGCUCAUUUUGUGCAGCGGACUUCUGCCAAACUGGGUGUAUAAUACCUGGGACAUUAACGUCCUGUCGCUGAGUAGCCCCGGGUGUAAAGCGAUAGUCUACCUUCAUCACUGCAGCUUCCACCUCUCAUCGUUGCUAAUCGUGGUCGUCACGCUCGAGAGAACAGCUUGCGUGCUGUUCCCGCACAAAGUGAGACUGUGCUGUUCCGCACACAACGCUGGUAUGAUCAUCAUCUCCAUUGUGCUAGCCGUGUUCGGAAUUAAUAUAAUACUACUCGUGAUAUUUGAUGUUAGUGAAUACACGAGCGGGACGUGCACUAAGUCCACGAAAGAGUAUCUAGACCUAUUUCACUACGUUUAUGGAUGGAUCGACUUCACGUUAACUUUCGGCGCGCCUUUCCCGCUGCUACUCAUUGGCAACGUCAUCAUCGUAGUGCAGCUCGCGCGCUCCCGCUCAAGACGUCAGCGGGUGAACAUUUCCGGUCAGGCCCGCGACACGCGUCCAGUGUAG